UUCAGAGGCAGCGAGGAGACAGCCAAAAUAGCUCACUGAGGCCCUUAUUUAUCCUGCUCCUCGGAAUUUGGCUUAUUUCGGCGGUGGUUACCACAUUUAAGACAUGAGCGUCUUAGGGAUUUUACCUGCUUUUCAGAUUUCCAUGUAUUGUUGAAUUUCCUUCCCACCUCAAACACUGACAGCAGCAGCCAGCAGCAGAGUCCUGCUGUCCCGUGGAAUUAUCACGGCACCGAGGCGAGAUACGCAUGGAACAUGGCUGCUAUGAGGACUUUAACCGUGGCAGGUCUCUUUUUGGCAUUUUGCGCUUUGGGACUGAUAGCAGUGGCUAUCAGCACUGACAACUGGUACGAGACCGACGCGAGGAGGCACCGAGAACGCUGCAAGAAUUAUUCAAACAAAAGAAACGACCCCGGCUACAUUUACAUCUCCAACAACAACCUUCCACUUCGCAUGUUGCCAAAGGAGCGACAUUUGGAGAAGAUGAGCGGCGAAAUGCUGCUGCGGGCUAAGCGGCACUUCUUGCCUCCUGCCCCGGCCAUGGAGUCCCUCUGCAGUCGGCAAUUCAACUCCACCAUCACCGGACUGUGGAAAAAGUGCCACCGUGGGGGAUUUGACUUGGAGAUAGAGGAUUUGAUCUUUAAAGGAUUGGUUCCGCGCUGCACACCAAUAAAAUACUACUACUCAUCAUCAGCGUUGCCCAGAAAUCUGCCAAUCAAUCUGACGAAGACAAUAAGGCAGGAUGAGUGGCACGCGCUCCACCUCCAGAGGAUGACUGCAAGUUUCGUAGGCAUGGCCAUAUCCAUCAUCCUGUUCGGCUGGAUCAUAGGCGUGCUGGGCUGCUGCAAGCAGCAUGAUUUGAUGCAGUAUGUGGCUGGACUUCUCUUCCUCAUGGGAGGGACAUGCUGCAUUAUCUCCCUCUGCACAUGUGUGGCUGGGAUCAACUUUGAACUGUCCCGCUAUCCUCGCUACAUGUUUGGAAUACCAGAGGACAUCAGUCACGGUUACGGCUGGUCCAUGUUUUGUGCUUGGGGUGGACUGGGCCUGACGUUGCUGGCUGGCUUCCUGUGUACACUCGCUCCUUCCCUCUACCCUCCACACACCCCUGCGGUGCACAAGCCCAGGCAGGAGAACGGCUGUGUGUGACAGGCCGCCGCACAUUUAACAGACACCUGUCUCCUCCUAAAACAGUGACGAGCCCUGCUGCACGGACAGUUAUAUCCAGGGACUCAGAGCAGAGAGAGCCUUCACACAGAGAAAGCACAGGACACUGGCUCUCGCUCACAUGGAAACGAAAGAGAGGUGGCAUUUGACUGAAGACGAUUUCAGUCCCUCUGGUGCUUUUUUUCCUAUCCCUCUUUAUGAAUGAACUGUUCAGUGUUAAUUGCUUGCUCUUCAAGAGGAGAAUAGUUAUACAAAUUUUCUUUCUGUAAAAUCUGCUAGUAUGAGAAGAAAAAAAAAGAAUCACUGGCAGACAAUCAAUAGCACAACUUUGAAAUAUGUAUUGAAGAUCAAACUGUGGAUGUGUACUGUCACAUUUCAAAGGGCAACUGUGUAUCAUUAUGUACCCAUUCAAAACAAGAUAUGUACAUGUACUUUGUAUGUAUGCAGAUGCAUUUGUGUUUAUUCAAGGAAAAAUAUGAAGAUUAAGACCAAACUGUGUUUGAGGGAAAUGUUUUGUCG